AUGCCUGACGUCAAGCGAUCUGUGAAGAUCAUCACCGAGCAGAAAAUCAUUCCUGGAGCAGACAGUGGUGUGGCGGGGUUUCCUCUGCGCCAUUGGACAAUGAGAAUUGUGCUGCUUCAUGCAGACACAAAGCAAGAGAUCGACGCAGACAUCUUCGAAUCUGUCACCUAUGUGCUUCAUGAGUCUUUCGGUGAUAAGGCGAGACAAACCCUGAAGAAGCCUCCGUUCCGUGUCUCCGAGGAUGGAUGGGGUGAAUUUGAGCUCAUGAUUGAGAUGAAGGAUCUCGGCGGCAAGACUCACAAUAUCGUCCAUGAUCUGAACUUUGCCAAUCCUCGCUACGAGACGAAGCAAAUUAUCACCUUUAAAAAUCCCAAGGGUGCGCUUCUUGAUGCACUUCGCAACUCUGGGCCGAUUCCCGGGGAGGCCGCCACGAAUGGAACCGAUGCUAGUAGCAAGAAGCGGAGUAGUGAAGUUGGUGCUACUGGCACUCAGAAGAAAAAGAAGGGCGGCGAUGGCAAAGCCGUUGACAUGGACAAGCUGGCCGAUGGCUUGCAGAGACUUGGUGAGGAUGAUCUUCUCCAGGUCGUACAGAUGGUGCACGACAACAAGACCGAGGACUCUUGGAUGCGUAACGAUGUUGAACAGGGAGAAUUCCACGUCGACCUCUAUACUCUUCCCGAGAAUCUUAUCAAGAUGCUAUGGGACUUCACCACCGAGAAGAAUGCGAUCUCGACAUCUGCAUAG